UCUCUUAUGUUUCUGGUUAGUUUUCAUACAAGCAGCUUCUUUGACCCUCUCCAGAUCAGGCAGACAGAUAUUAUUACAGAUGCUGGGGCUGAAGGAGCCCCCAGGAUGGAGCCUGGAUCCCUCUUCUAAUUUUGCCUCUUUGGGGAUGCUGGUAUUCCGACUCCUGCUGCCCAUCGUCUAUGGGGAAAAGGCAGAAUUCAGUCUGAAGGUUCUGGAAAAUGUGACAGUUCAAGAGAACCUGUGUGUCCAAAUUCCCUGUACCUUCUCCUACGGAAGAAAGAAUGCCUCCCAAGGUCAGAUCUUUCUCUUUUGGCACUUGGAUGGAAAAAACAAGACCGUGGCUACCAAUAAGCCCAAUGUGACCAUACCUGCAAAAUUUCAAGGCCGCUUCAGCAUUAUCGGGAACCCGCAGAACUAUAACUGCUCUCUGUUCAUCAUGAAUGCUCAGAAGACAGACAAAGGAAAAUACUCCCUCAAGGUGAAGAAAGGGAAAUUAAUACAUGACUUUGGAAAUAAAGUGUCUGUCAAGGUGUUGGAAAUGACACAGAAGCCAGAAAUCCAAAUUCCAGAGACCCUGGACUCUGGGCACCCAGUGACCCUGACCUGCAAGAUGCCAGGGGCCUGUGAGGGAGAGAAUUCCCCCACCUUUCUCUGGACAGGGUCUGCCCUCUCCUCCUUGAGUCCUGGCACCAGGACCCAUGCCUCCUCAGAGUUGACCUUCACUCCCAGACCCCAGGACCAUGGCACCAACCUCACUUGUCAAGUAACCUUUAAGGAACCGUAUGUGAGCUCAGAGGAGACUGUCCAACUCAGGGUCACCUAUCCUCCCAAGGAGAUAACCAUUCAGGUUUUCCAUGGAAACUGGACAGGAGCCCCAGGAAAUGCACUGUAUCUGCCAAUCUUGGAGGGUGAGUCCCUGAGCCUUAGCUGUGCUGCUGAUAGUAACCCAGCCACCUCUCUGAAGUGGACCAAAGGAAGGCAGACUCUGAACUCCUCCCAGCCUUCAUCUGCUGGGGUUGUGGCCCUGCAACUUCAUCAGGUGGGGCCAAGGGACUCUGGAGAGUACAUUUGCCAAACCCAGGACCCACUGGGGUCCCAGAAGGCCUCCCUGAUGCUCUCCGUGCAAUACCCCCCAAAGCUUCUCAGCUCCUCUUGCUCCUGGACCGAGGAGGGCUUGCUCUGUAACUGCUCUGUCCAGGCAGAGCCAGCCCCCUCCCUGCUCUGGUGGUUGGGAGAGAAGAUCAUGCAAGGAAACAACAGCGACACCCUCUGGAAAGUAUCUACCACCUCUGGGGUCUGGAUUAACAGCAGCCUGAACUUGAAGGAAAAGCUGGAUCCUGCCCUAAGCCUCCGUUGUGAAGGGAGGAACCGUCAUGGGACCCAUAGCCUCAGCAUCCUACUCCUGCCAGACAGAACUUCUCCAGACACUGAAUUGAACAUGAAGCCUCUGAUCAUGGGAGCUGCCUGUGGGGCUUGUGUCACUGGCCUCUUGGCUCUUGGUGUCAUCAUUGUGGUGAAGACUCUUAAGAAGAAGUCAGCAGAGAUGAGGACCAACACGUCUAGGGCUGAAGCCAAUGUGGGUGAUAGGCACCCUUCCUCAGAGGCCAUCCCCCUAGAUCCAAAUAGGAUGUUAAGGUCCUCACCUUGUGACACAGUGAAAUCUACCUCUGAAGAAGAACCGCAGUUGCAUUAUGCCUGCCUGAACUUCCAGAGGCUGAGACCCCAAGAGCCCCAGGAGUCUGCAUAUACUGGCACUGAAUAUGCUGAACUCAAGUUUCAAAAACAGCCUUUGUGAGGAAGAAAAUGGGACAAGAACAAGAUGUGUGUUGUUUAUGACCAAAAGAAAAGGCCUGGGAGAAGCCAGGUAGCAGAGUGGGAUAGGAUGCCAGGCCUGGAGUUAAGAGUUCCUGGCUCCAGACAAUUUCCUAGCUAUGUAACCCUGGACAUUUAGUCCAAAGUCAUUUAACUCCAAUUGCCUAGCCCUUGCCAGCUCUUCUGUCUUAGAAUUGAUAAUGACAAGAGAAAGAAGAAAGGAAGAAAGGAAGAAAGAAAGAAAGGAAAGGAAGAAAGAAAGAAAGAAAGAAAGAAAGAAAGAAAGAAAGAAAAGAAAGAAAGAAAGAAAGAAAGAAAGAAAGAAAGAAGAAAG